AUGGCGGCACGGGAAAGCUACUCAACACGGUACGAAGUUCUGAAUCCGCGCCCGCGCGCGAAGGCAGGGGCCGCCAGGCUGCCUCAGAAGGUAGUGCCUCCAGGCGUUUUACGGCACAUUACGGUCACGGAGGCAUCCUUGAUCGAGCAAGCUCCUCUGCGAGUGAAGAAUUCCAAACACCAUCUGCAGUUCUUCACACAAAAUUCGCCCAACGGCAAGCAGGUGCAGAUCCUCCUGGAAGAGCUCCGAGAUGCCGCUGGAAUCGACUGCGAAACACAGCUUAUUGAUCUGGAUACAGACGACCAAAAAAAAAAGUGGUUUUUAGCACUCAACCAAGCGGGGAAGAUUUCAGUACUGGUCGAUAGCUCAUCCCCAGAGGGCCCAGUCUUAGCCAUGGAGAGUCCCGCAAUCUUGUUGCAUCUUCAAGAAAACUACGACGCGGAUAAUCUGUUUGGUUUGAGCUCUGCGUACGAGCGAAGCCAGGUUCACCAGUGGCUCUUCAUGUGGCAUUCGGCUGCACGGCACCACGGUUUAACAAGAGCUUUUAUAAACGACGCAUCAUCUGAUCCCAGACCAGAGAUUGGUCUCGAGGCCCUGCGUAACAGAGCUGUCCUCCUGUCAUGGGGGGCGGCUGGUAAUUUACCUACUGUAUUGUUGAAUUAA